GAAAGUUUUGAGUCAGAGCAAGGAGAUUCAAGAGCGCCCAUAAACCAGCUGAGGCCUAGGGGCUACCUCUCUGUUUAUGAAAGUUGACGUGAGCCCCGUGCGGCAUCACUUCCUCGCACAAUGAGCGCUCCCGCUUCAGGCAGCCCCCUCUCUCGCGAUGCUGUCGCCUCGCACCCCUUGCAGGAGGGGGUGCCAGUCGACUCCCCCUCCACUUCCGAGCCACAGACCCCCGUCAAGGAGGCCACUUUUCCCAGUAGCUUCCGAAGGCGAGCGAUCGGGGAGGUGCCUGGGAGCUUGGAGGGGGUUGCUCAAUUGGCGAGGGAGGGGGCAUGGCGCUCCAUUUUGGUGAAGUUCAAGGAGAGGGCGGAGGCGGGGCCACCUGCGGAGCAGCUGGUGUGGCAGACCUGGAAUGUGCUGGCGCUGGUCAAGCUCCGCAUGUACGGCGCGGCUGCCGACGAGCUCCGGAGCAUCGGUGACAUCAGCAGCCCUCGCUUCCGGUACGAGGAGCACCCGGGAGAGUAUCCUGAGCGGAGCGGUUCGUUUGUGCCGUUUGCGCUGAGGUGGUUGCACGCGGAGCUGCCACAUCGCCUCGGCCAGGCGGGGGCGACCAUGGACCGCCUGUAUUCUCUCCUGGAGCUCUGCAAGGUGGAAGUUGCCCGCAGGUCCGCGGCAGUGCCAGGUGGCGCUGCGCUGUUAGCUGGCGACAACGCUGCCCCGGGGGACUGGCUGGCAGCGAGCGAUGUUGGUGUGAGCGGUCGGGAAGACUUUCUGACGGGCGAACUGGCGGGGCUUAGCAUCAGUGGGGAGCGACCUGAAACGGACUCCACCGGUCUGCUAGGGGACGCAGACGCCUCGAGCGGCGCCCCCCCCUCGACGUCCGGCGCGGCGGAGGUGCGGACGUGGCGGCGGCGGCAGGAGGUGGUGCUGCUAUCGAUCCUGAACCUGCACCUGCAGCAGCGCGACUUUGCGGCGGCGCUCAGCUGGCUGCACGCGCUGCUGCGGCAGCGGGGGAAAGACCCGCACGUGUGGGCGAUGCUCGGGUGCGUCCAACUGCAGAUGGGCGACUUGGAGGCUGCCCGGGCCACCUUCACGCGGUCGGAGCAGCUGAUGGGCGAUGCCGCGCAAUCGUCGCUUUUGCUGCACCGCAACCGGGGCCUCCUGCACUUCGCGCUCAAGAACUACUCGGCAGCGCUGGAGGAGUGGGACCUCAUACUAGUUGCCCAGCCCUGGAACGCGGUUGCUGCCAACAACAAGGCGCUCUGCCUCAUGUACUCCCGCGACCUUGUUGGCGCGAUCGCCGUCCUGGAGCGCACUCUGCGGGAGCACCCCCUCCAAGCGCUCAACGAAACUCUCGUCCUCAACCUGGCGUCGAUGUACGAGCUAGCCUCCAGCAACGCGGCCGAGCUGAAGCGGACUCUUUCGGCCUGGAUCUCGAAGAUCGCUCCAGACGACUUUGAUAUCCUGUGCACAAGGACGUAACACGUCACCAGGAUCUGACGGAUCAAGUCAAUUCUGCGCUUUACUCACCCUUUUGCUGAAAAUGCGCUUGAAUUGUAUGGUUGUUGCGUUCUUUGUGUCCCUUGGAAGCGUCCGCUAAUCCAUGAGAUUGAGAGUUGCAUCCCGCCACUGACAUUUGCGCAUAUGCAUGUGUGUCCAAACUGGCGCGUUGCAUACACCGUAAGCCUGAGCUCUUCAAUGUAGGAGCUCAGAAGGAGUCUAGUGUAGGUGCCGGCUGGCGGCGCGGGCCUUUUUGCGUUUGGCAGCCGCACAAACUCAACGUGCUCCUGCAACCAUAACAUUA